AUGGCUGACAAUAACAACAACAACAGCAACAAUAAGAACAAUUACCAAAGAAUCAAACGUCCUGAUACUCAAGUAAGAGAUAGAAAGUUAGAUGUAUUGAGAACUCAAUUGAAAAAAAUCGAUGUGGAAAUUGCCACUAUAAAGAAGCAAAUCGAUUCUUAUCAAAUCCCAGAAGCUGAACAAGAAAAGAGAAAGAAGUUGCAUGACCAAACCAAAUCUAUUAUCAAGACUCAAGCACAAUUAAAGACCAAGAGAAAUGAAAUUCAUGAAUCAAUUAAAGCCUUGGAUGCUUCUAUAAAGAGAAAGAACAAUGAAAUCAACGAUAAGAUUGGUAAGAAGAAUAAAUAUCAAACCACUGCUGAAAUCAAGCAAAGAAUCAAUGAUAUUGAAGAUUCUAUUUCUUCUGGUGAUUUAACUUUGGUAGAAGAAAAAUUAUUGGUCAAAGAAAUGCAAUCGUUGAACAAGAUCAACAAAGAUUUAUUAUUGGUGGAACCUAUUAGAAAAUCCAUUGAACAAGACAAGACUAAGAUUACUGAAUUGAAAUCUCAAUUGAAUGCCAUGAAUCCUAAAGAAUUAUCUUCUAAAUUCGAUGAAACUCAAAAGGAUUUGAAUGAUAUCCAAUCCAAGACUCAAUCCAUCUAUGACAAGAGACAAUCAUUAUUCAAUAAACGUAGUACAUUAUACGGUAAGAGAGAUGAAAUCUGGUCAAAGAUUAGAACUAUCCAAGAUGAUUUCGAUAAUGAAUUCAAAUCUUACAAACAAAAAUUAGAAAAAGAAAGAUUGAAGCGUGAAGAAGAUGAAAAAUUAUCUAAAUUGAUUCAAGCAAGAGAUAUUCAAUUAGAUAAAUUACAAGAAAGAUUAAGUCAUGCUAAGAAGCCAGCUUUCACUUUUGAAAUUGAAGCCAUUGAAAACUCUUUACAAGCUUUGGAUCCAACUUAUGUUAAACCAACAAAAGACUUCUUUGAAUCCAAUGAUCCAAAUAAUUUAUCUAUCAACAAGCAUGUUGCUAUCAAGACUGUGGAAGAUGAUACUUUAGUUCCAAUUAAAAAGCAAGAAGUUUUCACAAAUACUCCACAAUCCAAAUCUAAAAAACAUAAGAAAAAGGCUCAUAACAAUGCUCCAGCUUCAUCCACAGCUGAUGCUUCUGGUAAAUUUACUUUAGAAGCCUCUUUGAUUGCUGUCUUGGCUGAAUUGGACGUUACUGUUCCAACUCAAAAAGAAGAUGCCCCUAAGACUAUUGAACAAUUGAAAGCUAAACAUGAAGAAUUCUUGACUAAACAAGAUGAACAAACUGAAAAGAACAUUGCUGCUGUUGAAGCUGAAAUUGCUAAAUUGAACUUGGCUUUUAAGACUAAAGAAGAACAAAUCAAGAAGGAAUUGGCUGAAAAGAGAGCUAAAGAACAAGCUGAAGCUGAAGCCAAAGCUGUUGCCACUGAAGCAAACUAA